AUGCCUGACCCUGUCACGUACCGAACACGCUUUUUCGACCUAACAGAACAGUUUCGGUUUGGGACUGAUACCUGUGGUGUGAACAAAAAAUUCCGAACAGUCUUGACGCUCACUGGCUACCAUGACGAGAUAGUGGAUGAAAAAUCCACUUCUGCGGCCGACGUUGCUGACGCGCAUCAGCCACGCAUCAUGGAGGACGGAAAAAGAGAGGCUACAACUGAGCAGACUGAAGGUCCUGUUAAGCGUGCUAGAGGUGAGGAUUUCAAGAAAACCUCUUCGAAAGAAGACGUCGACAAAAGGAGUAUCCGCACCCUCUCAUUUGAGAGACAACAGCAACUCUUCCGACAGGGGGAAGACGUGGAGAUCGUAUUAGAUAAGCGUCAGUUAGGGCUUCCUGGAAGUCGUCCUAGAAGGCAUCUUUCUUUGGCAUGUUUUCAACGGGAAAAAGGUCAAGAAUGCAGCACUUUACGACGAAUAUAGAGAAGGUCUAAGUCAGGGUAUGGUCAUCUCCUUGGUUCCGACGAAACCGGGAUAUCAGGAACGGAUUGCGAGACAUCACAAUCGCCUCAAAGCGAAAGAAUUGGGUCUUCCACCAGAGUAUGGCAGGGGAGACUGUUUAAUAGCAAGCAGUUCGAAAAAUGAAAAUCUACUUCUUCACAGGACGUUACGUGAGAUGUGCAACAUGUAGAAGACGGGCGAAUCAAGUCGCUAUCGCAAGCAGGUAAUUAGAUUUUCGCAAGGAGGCUCGCUUCGUGCACAACAUGCAGGAAAGGCUCAUAAAAUAUAUAGAUGUUCCAGGGGCCAGGGGCCAAGGCCCCCCCAAUCUACUUAACUUUUUGAGGGGGGAGCCUCCAGCCCCGGACCCUUUUUCCCGAGGGACUGCUGGGCGGGAAGGCCUCCAGACGCCCACCGUCGAGCCCUCGCGGCUUCUUGCAUGUACCCGACAGAACCCAAGCCCCUGGGGCCGUUCAAGCACCGACGGCCGGGGGUGGAAGGCUUCCGAAGGCGGCAAAGGUGGCAAGGCUUGACCCCCUUGCCGUGUUGCGUGUACCCUACUACAGGCCUCCCGCGUGCGGGCUCCUCACUGACGGAGCUCCUUGGGGGGUGGAGGGACUCCGGGGGCAGCAGGUGGCAAGGCUUGACCCCCUUGCCGUGUUGCGUGUACCCUACAGACCUCCUGCGUGCGGGCUCCUCACUCGAGGAGUUUGGCCCCUGCUGCCUCCCAGGAGGGCCAAAGGUGCCAGGCCUCGCGACCGUGGCCGCCUUCGGCGGCCUUCUUCCCCAAGAGGCGGCACGCCUGUGGGGUACACGCCGAGAGCCGCCAGGGGCCUCCGGCUCCGCCUUUUGAGGCCUUCCCCCCCGUCAGUCCUUACAUGUCACCACGGCGAAAAAAGGGCGCGCGGACGCCACCGCCGCUCCAUCCGCAGGGGGGGGGCUCCACCCCUGGAGCAUAUAUUUGUCUACCGACAAGAACAAAGUCUAUAUCUAUUGACAAAUUCCUUCGCGGCUUUUUCUUCAUUUUUCCGUCCUCAUGUUGAGCAGAUUCCGGAAGGGGACUCCACCUAUUUGCAGAGCCUCUUGCCGAAGGGGUUGUCUUCGGAAAACGUGAUAUUCGACCAACAAAAUGAACAGGAACUGAGUAUGGCGACACUAGAGGAGAUGUCUGAUCUCCCGCUAACUUUGCGGAUACCGCAAUUGGGAAGGAACCUUUUAGCGGACUACACCCCGGACUUCGAUUUGCGGGACGAAGGGCGGCAAUGUGUUAAGCUAGGGACGUCGUGGGGAUGAUCUUAACGUUAGCAUGGGGGGUUGGGACUCACGGUCAUGGGGGUGACGAGGUGUGACAGUGAGAGUGACUGCUGCAGCUUCUGUACUAAAGUAACUGGACGAGGAGACUUUUUCGUAGGACCUCGACCUCCAGUGGGCUCUUCUCUUCUAAUUUGAACGCAGUUCGCGGAUUUUUUCGCGGAUCAAGACGUCUGCAUGAGUUGGGGCGGCAAGCGCACACCGACAAUUUGCGCACAAAACUUGCCACGGAAGAUAUACCACGUGCCCUGCCUGACGUUCGCGUUUAUCAAGUCUCAUGAAGAGUUCAAGCUUUUCCAGCACGAUCUUGCGCAGAUUCGUACUUCAGUAGCACCUAGCUACAUGGACAUGGCCUUCAUGGACUAUGUUGCUGGC